CGGCCGGCCGGGCUUGCCCGGGCAAGUGGGAGCUGCGGCGGCCGGGACUCCACGUGCUAUGGAUGACCCCGAGUCCCGGGGCGCUGAUCCCAGGAUCGGGCACCCAGAGCCUGGAGCUGAGGGGAUGGAGCCCCAAGGAACACCUGACGGUGCCCCUGGCCCGAGUGCCCAGCAUAAGAGGAGGAGUCGGCAACACCAGCGGUUCAUGGCACGCAAGACCCUGCUGCAGGAGCAGGGGCUGUUAAGCCUGCCCAUCAAGCUGAAACCUGCCCCUCCAACCUCCAAACUGCCGGACGCCAAGGCUGCAGAGAGCCAGAGACCAAGGCAGGAGGCCCGGACCAACUGUGCCCAGAGCAGCAGGAGCCCCACCCCCAGGACAACCCCUGGACCCCUUCCCAACAAGUGCGUGGCGAUCGACUGUGAGAUGGUGGGCACAGGACCCCAGGGGCGGGUGAGCGAGCUGGCUCGCUGCUCUGUGGUGAGUUACCACGGUGACGUCCUCUAUGACAAGUACGUGCGGCCCGAGAGACCCAUUGUGGACUACCGCACGCGUUGGAGCGGCAUCACCCAGCAGCACAUGCGCAAAGCCAUCCCCUUCCAGGUGGCUCAGAAGGAGAUCGUGAAGCUGCUCAAGGGGAAGGUGGUGGUGGGUCACGCGCUGCACAACGACUUCCAGGCCCUCAAGUAUGUGCAUCCUCGGAGCCAGACCCGGGACACCACCUGUGUCCCCAGCCUCCUCCAGGAGCCCAGCCUGCAUGCUCGGGCCCGCGUCUCCCUCAAGGACUUAGCCCUUCAGCUGCUGCACAGGAGAAUCCAGGUUGGCCGGCACGGGCACUCGUCGGUGGAGGACGCCAUAGCAGCCAUGGAGUUGUACCGCCUGGUGGAGUCACAGUGGGAGCAGCAGUUGGCCACGGGCCUCCAGGCCCACCAUGAGGACGUGGAGCCUGAUAGUAGCACGGACAUGGAGCAGUACAUGGAGGACCAAUACUGGCCUGCGGACUUGGCCCCAGGCCCCAGAGGACAAGCUGCGGAAGCUCAGGGUCAGGGGCAGUGAGAGUGGAGGAGCCAGGGGCACAGGCUGUCUCCUGGCUGUGCUCUCAUUGUGUCUCCAAGGGCUCGCUCACUCAAUGCACUUUACAGACUAGACAGUAGGGCAGUCCUGGUUCUCCCUGCCUCCAUGCCAAGGUCACCACCAUCUGCACCCAGCCCUGAGCCAGCACCUACCCUCUAGAGAUCAGAACCUCAAGUGGAAAGUCAAGGAUCCUCCUGUGAGGCUCGUGGGGCAGCUCUGGGUCCUGGAUGCCGACCUUGGGCCAGGCUGAGGUUCCCUGACUGCUGGGUCCCAAGGGGGAGGGGUGGGUCCAGGUUCUCAAGCUCAGCUUGCAGAGAAUGUGGAGUUGAGUUAGGUGGGAGUACGAUGUAUUUAUUUGCCCUGCUAGAGAACACAUCGAUUGAUCUUGAA